AUGCAAUUGAUUCAGGAACCGCUGGAAAAGGACAGUUGCAAUACAAUGGAAAACCUUUUAUGUACGCCGAAGAAGCAUGUCUUAACAGAUGACGUCGGCACUCUACCACCGUUAAACCGUCUUCCUAAACUGCAAUCGAAAUACCCAAUUCACAAUACAGAAACAGAGAUAUCAUGCCAUGUUUCACCAUCCAAACCAUCUAAAGUUGAAAGAAGAAUUUCGAUACAAUUUCUCGAUAAUCUAGUAAUUGUUGUACCUUGUCUAGACUGCUUUCGUAACAAUAAGAAACGCAAUCGGAAAGAAUGUAGUUCAGGUGCCGCUAACCGUAUUCAAAAAUAA